AUGUCGAAGAACAAGGAAUACAGCUCUGUAAAGAUCAGCAAGUUCCAGGCCCAGGACCUGGCCAUGCUGAUCGCUCGCAUGCAGAAGAACGCAGACCGAGUGGAGAAGAACAUCUUGAGAGCGGAGGAGCUGCUGCUCGAGGACACUGAGCGUGAAAGGAAGAACCAGCAGCUGAUCCAUCAGAAGAUCAACGCCGAGAACCUGACGGAGGCCGAGGGGCUGCUGAAGGACCUCUUCAUGGACGUGGACAAAGCCAAGAGGCUGCAGCACCCUCAGGCUCAUGAGAUUGACAAAGACGUGAACAACCUCCACGUCCGCUGGGCCAAAGACUGCGCCACCUACAGGGAACUGUACGACCAGGUGCAGGACCUGGAACUGGCACCCAAGAUCCGCUGGAGUUCUCUGCUGGAUGAAAAACUGAAACAGUUAGACACGGAGGCGUACGGCCCUAAACUGUCUGACGUAGAGAAGCAGAUUGCCGCUCACAACAUUCUGCACCAGGAGAUCGAGGCGUACAACGCUCAGCUGCAGCCCGGCUCCACCACCUCACAGGAGCAAUACGCCGCCGUCAAGGACAAAUAUGCAAAGCUUUUAGAAAAAUCCCAGCAGAGGCGAAGCUCUCUGGCCUCCCUGUACGAGUACAUGCAGGGCUGCAGUAAGGAGCUGGUCUACCUGUCUGGUCAGCAGGAGAGGAUCCUGCAGAGAGACUGGAGCGACCGCAUGGUCGACCCCCCGAGUGUCCGCAUGGAGUAUGAGAAAUUCAAAAACAAUGGCCUGCUCGCGCAUGAAAGUGAGAUCAACCAGCUGCAGGAUGAAGGAGAUCGUCUGGUUCAAAGGAAUCAUCCUGGCACGCCCACGAUAAAGACACACAGAGACUCAGUGCAGAACGAGUGGCAGGCCUUUCUCAACCUGUGCCUCGCACAAGAAACACACCUGGACAACAUUGAAGAUUAUAAGAAGUUCCAGCUCGAUGCCGAGACCCUGUCUGAGUCACUGGAGAGACUCAAUUCCACCCUGGACCCAAAGUCCACGGCCAACAAAAGCAACCAUGAAAUCCUGUUUGCCCUGGAGGGAGAUGAACCAGCAGUGAAGAGGAAUGAGCAGCGCCUGGCCUUCCUCAGGGAGAGCAGCGGCAGCAUCAUGCCCCUGAAGCUACGACGCCUGAAGCCCAGCAAAGCCACCACCGCCGUGGCGCUGUGUGACUGGGCCGACGAGGAGGACACAGUGAAGCGCGGUGAGAAGCUCACUCUGAGGUCCAACGCCGACAACAAGGACUGGGAGCUUCAGACCAGCACGGGGAAAGUCAAAACCCUUCCAGGGGCUUGUUUCGUGAUCCCACCUCCUGACACUGAGGCAGUGGAGAAAGUGAACAGCCUGGACAGAGAACUGAGCAACCUGAAGAGCCGUAGAUCUGCUUUAAUGACCUCUUUGAGGAAUCCCACUGUGGAGGUGGUUCGUCCUCAGAGUGCAGCUGCAGUGAGAAGUGCUCCAGAAGAUCCCAGAGCAGCAGAGCUCGCUAAUGAUUUAGACAACAUCAAUAGAUCCCUGGACAGGGUUCAGAAAGAGAUCCUGAGCCGGGUCAGAGCUCCCAUUGACAACCGCAGCCCCACACAGGACCUGGCAAACAGACUACAAGAGCAAGAGAAAUCUGCUCAGAGUGCUCGGAGGCUGGAGGCUGAGAAGGCAAGAGUCCAGAGAGAGAUGGAGCCGAUUGUGUCCAAGACUCCUCUGGGACCCAUCGCCUCGACCCUGCCCCUGAAACUCAAUACUGCCAAUAACAAGCUUGAUGACAUUGACGCACUCAUUGCUCUUUAUGAUAAAAAAGCUACAGCCGCCAUGUUCCUGGAGAAACAAAUGUACAACGUGGACGGCUUUGUCUCUGGGUUUGAGGACCAGCUUUCGAAGGACGGCGUCGUUCUUGAUCAGCCCAACGUCCUCCAGAGUCGCAAUCAGCGUCUGCAGGAUAUUUACAAGGACGUCGCUUCAAAGAAGAGCGAGUUGAUCAAGUUGGGCAAAGACUUGGACCUGACGAAGCAGGCCUGCAGUUCCAUGCAGCAGAGUUUCAAUGAAUACUGUCCUGACAUCUACCGUCAGGAGACUGAGGUGAAACAUCUGAAGAACCGUUUCUCAAAUGUCAACAAUCAGCUCCAAGAUAGAGCUACUCUCCUACAGGAGGCAAACAAUAAAAACCAAGAUUUCCAGAAUGCCUGCCAGUCACUGGAUUUCUUCUUGGUCAAUUUGCCCAAUAAUACAAUCAAACCCACAGAUGAUGUGGCUCAGAUCACAGCCAAGCAGAACUCUCAGAGGGAGUACGAGGUUAAGUCAAACACUUACCGUGGCACUCUGAAUGACGAUGACGAAGACGAUGACGACGAUGAUGACGACGAUGAGGAACCGGUUCUAAAGAAACGUUCAACUACAACUUUAGCUCAAGCUGUACAGAGAAAGGAGAAAGAUCUGCUCAACCUCUUCUCUGCCGUAUCUGCUGAGAACAACCAGCUUAACAACCAGUUGGGGAUGACAAAGAUCAUAAUGGCCAGGAAUGAAGAGAAAGUCAGCCAGGUAGUUGUAAAUCAGCAGUUGCAGCUACAGAGCCAGCAGAGAGACCUGGAGGCAAGUGAUAGUCUGAAAAGGGAAUUAAGUGAGGAGAUUAAUAGGCGCUUACAUGCUGAAAAAGACCUGGAAACGUACCGCACAAGGUUUGUGUCUCUGAAAAACAGGAGAGGAGUGGAGAGGUUUCAAGAGAAGGAGGUGGUGCAGUACUACCGUGACCCUACAGUGGAGUUGGAACUGGAGUCCCUAAAAAAGCGGAUCCAUGAGGAAUCAUCCAAGAGGUCAAGAACCCGUUCAGAGAUCGAAAUUUACAACGAGAAGGUUAUCAGUAUGGAAACACAGCUCACGAAAGUUGAACCUAAACUGGUGACCAAGGUGCUGACUGAAUAUGAGAGAGACCCACAGCUGGAUAAAGAGGCAGUCAGGAUUAGAGAGGAGAUGCGUAGGAUACAAACGGAAGUACAAACUAGAGACUCCGAAACAAUUCAUGUGAAAUCUGAGAUCACAGUUCUGUCUCAGCAGAAACCAAAAAUCAGGGAGAAGAUUGUUAAGAAGGAAGUCGUGAGGCUUGAAAAGGACCCAGAGAUGCUCAAGGGUGUUUUCAUAAUCCAAGGUGAUAUUGCGGAGGAAGAGUCCCGGUGCAAGUCCCUGAAUGAUACCAUUUUUAGCACAAGGAGCCAGAUAAACACACUAGAAAGAGUAAUUCCCACCAUUCAGCCCAAGAUAGUCACCAAGGUGGUGAAGCAAGUCCAGCAAGACCCUGAUUCAGUCGAAGAAUUCAAAAAAUUACGAAUGGCCUUAGAAGAGGAGAAAGAUGAGAAUGUGAUACUGAUGAAGGAGUUAACCACCCUUAACUUACGUUACAGUGAAGUGGAGAGGUUCAAGCAAAAAGUUGAGGUCAAAGAGAUCAUCAAUGAGAUCUACAGGAUUGACCCGGAAACAGAACUUGAGCUGGUACGUCUCAAGAAACAGCUGCAGGACUGUAGCCGAAACCGAACUAACAUGGAAAAAGAAAUCAACACAGUCACGACAACUGUGACCACUUUAAGAGCUCAGAAACCCAAAGUGGAGUACAAGGAGGUGACACAGGAAGUGAUCAAAGAAGAGAAAAGCCCAGAGGUCGUCAGGGAAUUGCAAAGGCUGAGCAACCAAGUUUCCCGUCUGCAAGUCAACUAUGACACCACCCUGGAGCUGCUCUCCCACUUACGCAAGGAGAGAGAUGAGCUGAAAGCUGAAAAAUCCAAAGUGGAGACAAAACUAGUCACCAAAGAGAUCAUCAAAUAUGAGAACGAUCCUCUUGUUGAAAAAGAGGCUGACAGACUUAGGAGAAAUGUACGAGAGGAGAUCCAGCAGCGCCGCAGCUUGGAGGAGUUGCUUUUUGACCUUCAGAACCAAUACAUUGUCCUUGAGAGGCAAAAGCCAGAAGAGAAGAUCAUCAUGCAAGAGACGAUACGUCUUCAGAAAGACCCCAAGCAGAUUGUAGAGCACGAAAAGUUGAACAAGUCCCUGGAUGAUGAAGUGAAAACCCGCAGGAAGCUUGAGUUAGAGGUCAGACAGCUCAGAGCGCUGGUUCAAGAGAGAGAGAGCACUCUGGCUCAAAUGGAUGAUCGUCAGAGAAAGAUUCAAGUGGAGUCAGAGCUCAGGCAGAUCAGAGCUCGCAUUCUUGAACUGGAAAAUUCUCCCGCACCUGUUGAGGAGAAGAUCAUUAUUGAGGAGGUCCUGAAAGUGGAGAGGGAUCCAAAGUUGGAAAGACUUACUGAUGGUAUUCGUGUUGAUUUGGAGACAGAGGGCAACAAUAUUAGUCGAAUAGAGAGAGAAAUCCGAAACCUGAAGGUGAAAUUGGAAAUUCUGCAAAAAGAAAAGUCAGUGGAGAAGGUUGUUUACAGAGAGGUUGUCCGUGUAGAGAAAGACCCGGCUGUGGAGGCUGAAAGGGAACGUCUAAGAGACCUAGUGUCACAGGAGAGAAACCUCAGACGGGAUGUGGAGGACAAU